UUCAAGACGCAGAAAGUAUGUGCAGGUUUGAGAGAAAGUGCUGGCAAAGUCAUGAUGUGAUCAUUUAAGCAGGAUGCAAACUGGAUAUAUUCUGCUGUUUGGGGUAUUUCCCAUUUUCUUGGAGGGAUGCUGCGUGAAUAGCAAUCAACGUGAUAAAACAGGCCCUCGCACGACUACGAUACAGCAGCACUAUCGAGUUGUGGAAGGGGAAAUGUUUCUGAUGCCGUGCACCAACAACAAGGUUACGUGGCACAAGAUGCGAGCAGAAAGAGGAGAAAAUGGAGACUUUUUUUUUGACUGUGGUACGGAGUUCCUAACCCAAGCCAACCAUUCAGGAAAUUACACUUUACUUAAUGGGAUUCCGUUUGUGUUGUCGAAUGGCAGCACAAUGUUCCUCUAUCUGCAGGUGAUGGACAAACACCGGCUGCCAUGUUACAAGGAUGAGGAGGCGGUUGUCACGCUGAUUGCGAGUGCAGGAGGGACCAUCCCCUGCCCUGGAUUCAACUGUACACUUAGCACAAGUGUGACCUGGUACAAGGGUAACAAAAGUAUAUCAAAAAUGCAUCGUGCCAACUGUGUGAGGAACGGCGGGUUGCAGCUUUGCACAGUUAGCCAACAUGACACAGGGCGAUAUUUUUGCGAUAAACACUUUGUAGAGCAAGGAGUACAGUGGACCUUCAGGAGGCCUGUUGCUGUAACUGCCAUACCCUUUGAAAAAGUGAGUGCCUCUCCAAGGAUUACAUUACCUGAUGUCAGCGCACCACAAGAAGUGGAGUUGGGGGAGCGCCACACUCUGAGUUGUCGGGUACAUUUUCCUUAUGAGGUCAACUUUUCACCACAAGUGCAGUGGUACAUGAACUAUGGAGACAAAGGAGGCAAACGAAAUCUGAUGCAAACAGAGAGCCAGCGAUGCAACAGGGUGACAUUUGAAGAGUACUUGGUUACAACCAAAGCUGUCAUACAGCAGGUGACAGCACUUCAUCUGAAGCACACGUACACUUGCAUGGCCUCAAACUCUGUUGGGAACAGCAAUGUCACAGUCAAGCUCAAGAAGAAAACUAAAGAAAAAUGGCCAUCACUGAUUAGUUAUCCAAUUGCAUCAUUGCUGUUACUUGCUGGGGUAGCCAUUGUUUUGCGUAUGAAAUGGUUGGAACUACAACUUAUCUACAUUUCACGCCUUCAAAGUGAAAAAGUUGAUGCAGAUGAGAAAGAGUUUGAUGUUUUUUUUUCAUACGUGUGGACCUCUCCACAUCAUGAGGCGGCAGGUUUGACACGCUCCGCGCAAUCAAGUCCAAACUCACACGAUUCUCCGUCUACCUUUGAACCAUUCAAUCUUGAGCAUGUUAUUGACAAUUUGAGGCCACCUGAGGUGGAGAUUCCCAUGGUUUUGGAGGACCUGUGGGGCUAUCGUCUCUGUUUGAUGGAGAGGGACAUGCUUCCUGGUGGAGCCUACGCAAACGAUGUGGUACAUGCAAUUCGAAGAAGUCAGAUCCUCAUCUGUGUUGUGUCUGCUGACUAUUUGUCUAACAGCAAUGCUGUGUUUGUUCUGGAAUCAGGAAUACAGGUUUUGUUGCAGAGCUCUACUCUUAAAAUUCUGCUUAUACGGACAAGUAGAACUUCCGCAUGUUUUGAACAGCCAGAUUCACCUCUGCCCUCAGUGGUCCAAAGGGCCUUGAAGGUGCUUCCUAGCCUCGACUGGAAUUUGGGACAAACUGAAAGCGCCACCGGCAAUUUCUGGAGGUCACUAAAGAAGGCCUUACCCAAACACAGAGUAAGAAGUGUCACUCGAGUCAUUUCCCAUGACCCUUUUGGAAACAAUCUUAGAGACCAGGAUUUAAGAAUAGAGAUGCACUGAGAUCACUUUACAUUUGAGUGCUCGUCAAUACGAAUCACUCGUACAUGAUAUAAAAAUGUCAUUGUGAUGAAAAUUUGGUUUAUUUAAAAUAAAUCUUAAAGCAUCAACAUUCAGCUUAUGUUAUUUGUGACGUGAAUAAACUGUGUCAGGGAAUGCAGAAAAUGAAACCUAAAUUAGAAAUGCACGUGUAUGCGUGUCAAGUACAAGAAGUAUCGUAUCAAGCAAGAUAGAGAUAUUGUUAGAUGGGCAAAAUUGUUAAAUGUUAAAAUGAAACUGCAAUGUUUUUAUGUGUCGGUGCAAGUGUUUGCAUUUCUUAUGGCAAACAGAAACGACUCAAAUAUUUUGCAAAAUGUUUAUUGGACGGUUUGUUAAAACGCUAUUUCAUGUGAGAGUUUAGGUAACCAAUUGUGAAUUCUAAAUGUUAUAAUGUUGAUUUCAAAGUUGCAGGUAACAGAAAGCUAAAAUCACAUCGGGUCAGUGACUUAUGUUAUUCUUCCUCAGGCUUCCUUGCUUUGUUUUUUCACGGGUGCUCCUUGUCUAUUACCAUUAGCAGGUUAUUUUUUUAGGGAGCAGUUACGUAUUUGCAUGAUUUCACACUUAAGACAGAUGAUUCCAUUUUUGGGGCUAUUACUAAACAAACAUUAUUGUGGUGUAAUUUCAUAAAGUGAUAAAACACCAAAAUACAACAGAGGAGGAAUAGGGUGAGGGAUAAGAUAGCACGCGCGCAAAAAAA